GUCUUCUUCUGUUCUUCUUCUUCAACUUCAUUUCAACUACAUUUCUUACUACUUUACCUCUCCAGCUUUGGACCCUGUGCUUUCAAAUGCUGAGACCCAAAGGCAGCAAGCAGGUUCAUAGACAUAGAAAACUUCAGAGUUUUCCUUCUGAUUCUGGUUCUUGCGGUGGUGGAGUUGCACAUGAAGAUUCGAACUCAUUUCAAUUGGGAUGGAGAUCUUCGAAACAACCGUUUGGAACUCCAGUGAAGAAGUUAUUAGCUGAAGAGAUGUCCCGAGAAACUGAAUCCAAAAGAAGACCUCCUGGUGUCAUUGCCAGAUUAAUGGGUCUUGACGGGCUUCCGUUGCAGUUGCCUGCUAUUAAGCAUCAUAAGGUUUUGUCUGAAAACAAUCUAAAAAGGACAACACUGGUGGGGAAAACUCGAAGUAGUGGUACAAUAUAUGGCAGUCGAUCAUCUAGGAGAAGCUCAAAGAAUCAGCAGGAGUUUAAGGAUGUCUUUGAGGUCUCAGAGAUCCCAAACGUAGAGAGCUGUAGGUAUUCGUCACAAGGGUCUGUGCACUUAAAGAUCACUGACGAUGAAAUGUUAUUCAUUGAACAGAGGUUCAUGGAUGCCAAGCGCCUUGCAACUUAUCAGGAUUUACAGUCUUCGCAGGAUUCCCAUGAUACACUUGAGAUUCUUGACUCUAACAAUGAUCAUCUGCAAAAAUACUUUAAGCGGCCAGAUUCUUUGUUUGAAAAGCAUUUAGAUGAUCUGCAAGCUGCCCCUUUACAACCACACUCUGGUCAUGUUGAAGCUAUGAAAUCUUUAGAUAUAGAGAAAUGUGAACAUGGUGGCUUCAGCUGGAAGUUGGAUAGAGAGACAACAGGGUUGAAUUACAAUAGAUCUCACCAUAAGCAUCAUGAUGGGUAUUCUUGCCGGUCUGCCAGAAGACAUGCAAUGCAUAGUUCACCAAAAUCAUCAAAACUUCAGUUUAAUGGAAGAGACAAACCUGAUGCAGUUCCAACAAAGAUUGUAGUAUUAAAACCUAAUCUUGGAAAAAUGCAGAAUGCUGCCAAAAUUGAUUCAUCACCUUGUUCUUCACAUACUUUUCUGUUAGGGUGUGGAAAGAAUGUUGAAUUUUCUGAUGUCAGAUUUAGUAGGGACAUUGAACUGAAUCAAAAGCAAAAAUUGCCUGAUACUGCCUGGCAUUCAAGGCAAAAUUCUUUGGAAUCUAGAGAAAUUGCAAAGGAGAUCACUAGCCAAAUGAAAAAUAACUUGAAUAAUGGCUCCAUGAUAUUUUCAUCUUCUAGAUUUGAAGGAUAUACUUGGGAUGAUAGCUCCUGUAGUUUUUCUGGGAACGAAUCUCCUGAGGAAUCAGAGAUAAGUCCUGCAACUUUGGGAAAGUCAUUUGACAUGAGUAAUCUACCACCAUCCCAUUUUAGUGAAUCAUCUGUGAGUAGAGAGGCAAAGAAGAGAUUAUCAGAGAGGUGGAAAAUGACGCUCAAGUCUCAACAGAGCCAAUCCAUCUCCAGGAGCAGUACGUUGGCUGAAAUGCUUGCUGUCCCUGACAAGGAAAUGAAAAGAACUAAUUAUGACAGCAUUUCUUGUGGGGAAGGUUUACGAGAUAAACUUGCUAGAAAUGGUAAACCUUCUGGGUGGGUUGAACCAUUGGGUAUCAGCAGUAGGGAUGGUUGGAAGGAUGGGUGUAUUGGAAGUUUGCCAAGGUCUAAGUCUCUUCCUGCUUCAUCUACUACCUUUGGAAGUCCCAGAACAAUCUUGCGCCAUGAAGCACUUCGUGAUGAUCGAUUUAUGAUGCCAAAGGAAACCUUUAAACGGGAAAGGAAAAAAGCAGUGAAAUGUCUUGAUCAAAGACAGCGUAUGAAUACCAGAAGCUCAAAAUCUGGUCACAAGAAGUCUUGGUCUUCUCAUUCCUCAAACAUAGGAGAGGAUGAAUCUUCCCCAGACUUAAAUACAAUUCAACAUAAAAUGAAGAUUUAUCUUGAAGAGGAUUUAUCCAAGCAAGAAGUGCUGGCUGCUGAGAUCCUUAGAGAUUCAAGUACUGAAGAUGUUAUGGAUGUGGCAAAUGAAAUAGCAGAUGGGUUAUCUGACUCUUCUAAAAAGGAGCUAUCAGUUGGGUCUUCCAGUAGAAAUUCAUUCCCUGUUCAACCACCUGUACCUGGUCUUGAAUCUUCAUGCUGUAAAGAUGUGGAUCAACCCAGUCCAGUCUCAGUCCUAGAACCUUCUUUUACUGAUGAUUCAUCACCUUAUUCGGAAUGUUUUGAAAGUCUCAAUGUUGACAUCCAAGGGCUUCGAAUGCAACUCCAGUUGCUGAAGUUGGAAUCUGAAGAAUAUGUGGAAGGAUCCGUGCUUACUCCAAGUGAUGAAGAUGGAGGAGAAGCAUCUAAUGGAAUUUCAGAAGACAACGGAUUAGGUAAAACUGAAGAUAGCUGGGAGUCUUCCUACAUGAUUGACGUCUUGUCUGAAUCUGGUAUAGAUAGAGCUCAGCCUGGUGCUUUUUUGGAACUUUGGCAUUCUCCGGAAUGCCCUGUUAGUCUUUCAGUGUUUGAUGAACUUGAAAAGAGGUACUCUGAUUGCACUACAUGUCCAAGUUCCGAAAGGAGAUUGCUUUUUGACCGUAUAAAUUCAGGAAUUAUCAAUAUAUACGAGCAAUUCAUGAGUGCACAGCCAUGGGUAGGCCCUACUACAGCGACAAAUAUUUGUACUAAAUUGAUUAAAAACGGGCUCCAAGACUCUCUGUACAAAAUGCUGGGGUGCCAAGGAAAAUUAAAGGAUACCGCACUGGGGAAGGUGCUGGUAAGCGAAUUGCAGUGGUUGAACUUAAGAGAUGACGUUGAUGUAAUAGCUAGGGAAGUUGAGAGAUUGUUGCUAGAUGAUCUAGUGACAGAGAUAGCCAGUACAUAGACAUUUUGCCCCUGACCAUAUUUGUUCUAGGACUAUGCCUAAAACAUUAAUCAAGUAGUAAAAUAGCAAUUUCACAAGACGAAAUAAAGGAUCAUUCACUUUUGCUUCCGACAAAAAAUGUGCAUGCGAAUCAUCCGACAGAAAAUGGAGGAAAGCUUGCUAUGGUGGCUUUCAAGGUUGCAUUUUGUACUGUGAAAUACUGUUCACACUGAAACAUUGGGGGUAAAGGUUUAGGGUUUAGGAACAUAAAUGGGAGUUUAUUCGCCAGCUGUUUUUACCUUUGAAUUCCCAAUCAUAUGCCAAAUGAAAAUGAAACGAUUCACAUCCGAAUGAGAACAAUUAUAGUGCAAACAUUAAAUCAACAAGUCUUACUUCCACGAUCUAAAUUUAGUUUCAGUAUUUGAAACUUCAAAUAUAAUUGAUACGUAACAAGAAAGGGAUUGAUUCUCUUCAAAACGAUCAAUGGCAUUGUCUCGACAGUCUGCUGCUAGCCUAUCUUUGUGGUAACCGAAAGGUAUUUUUUGAAGGCUGAUGGUCAAGCAACUUUUUUUUUGGUCUAUGCGCCACUCACCCUUCGGCUUGCCAACAUUCCAACUUCAAGUAUUCGUUCUAUUUGUUGACCAGGAAAAAAAGUAUUCAUUUUGUUUUGCUUCGUAGCUUGUUACUACGCUCACUUAGAAAACCUAACUCUGCCUUGGAUCUCCGUGAUGUUUCUUUGUUGCAACUAAGCUGAUGACUGAUACACAUCGUUUUUUAUCAGGGGAAAUUUUAUACAUCUAAUCUCUAUUGUUUAGUUAUUCAUGAACCAAUUGGUAAAUAAAACAAAUGCUAUACCUUUUUAACGGGCCAAAACUGAGUUCAAUUCAACGUAAAAGCGUUAGAUAGGGUCUUGGUGAACGGGAGCAUUGUCAGAAUAAUAUAGCCCCUCAAGCCCAUUUCAUUAUGAGACGUUGCUGAGAGCCUCCGCUCAUUAUUGACCAAAAAUAUUAAAAAGAGCUUCCGUU